ACUUACAUUAUACCAAAGAAAGUUCUCGUGCAUUCAUUUUGUAGUAACAGUGAUUUAAAAAGUGAUCCAUUGUGGGAUCUCUUAUGUCAUUGUUGAGACAGGAAAAGACUUCAUGGUUAUAGCAUCUCCACAGUACCUCUACUUCGGUUGACUAAGAAAACAUUACAAAAUUAUUCAUCUUUUAGGCUUGUUACUUAGUGCAAUGAGAAUGAAGACUGGAAUGUUGUAGACUCUAUAAAAACUGAUCUGAUUACAGUUGGAGAUUUGAUCUGAGAGUGUGCACACUUCUUGGUGUGUGUACUAGGUUUGGCCACCAUACCAGUUAUCCAGCUGUCUUCCUGUCUUGUUUUUUUAUAGCGCCGUGGUGCAUUGAAUUAGUUUUUCCCUUAAAAAGUCCAAACUGCAAUGUGAUCUGAUCUUCAUCAACUCCACAAGAAGUUUUUUUUGUGCCCUUCUACUUCAUUCACCACUUUUCAUUCCUGUAUCGCCAAUAUCUGCAGAACAACCAAACGCAAGAAUAAGAUAAAAAGACCUGUGCAUUUCUCAAAGAAUCUGCCCCGGUUGCUUUGGAGGAAAUAUGCAGGGUGGUGUGAAAUUUCUCCCACUUUGUGGGAUGGGAGCCAACAAGCCGAAGCAAUUUUACAGAGGUUUGAUGAGCUUCCCUGUAUCAUCUGACCUGCAAUAAUGUGUUUGAGUUCAUUCAACUACAAUAUAAAAUUCGCUGCACCAGAUGUAAAAAUGACAAAAAACUGGAUCACAUCUUUGCUGUUCUUCUUAUCAGUUACUAUGUUUUUUGCCACUGCUAUACCAUCUGAAGGGCAUCAGAAUAUGACAGAGGACUUCGCUCAACUGAGUGUUACACGGAAUAAAAUUAUGACAGCACAGUAUGAAUGCUACCAGAAAAUUAUGCAAGAUCCUAUUCAUAGGAAAGAAGGUCCUUACUGUAACAGGACAUGGGAUGGCUGGUUGUGCUGGAGUGAUGUUGCUGCCGGAACUGUGUCAGUACAGCGUUGUCCUGACUACUUUCAGGAUUUCAACCCAUCAGAAAAAGUUACGAAGAUCUGUGAUCCAAGUGGGAAUUGGUUUAGACAUCCAGAAAGCAACAGGACGUGGACAAACUAUACCCAGUGUAAUAUCUAUACACAUGAAAAAGUGAAGACUGCUCUGAAUUUGUAUUACUUGGCCAUCAUUGGACAUGGUCUUUCAAUUGCAUCGCUUCUGAUUUCUCUUGGCAUAUUCUUUUAUUUUAAGAGCUUGAGUUGCCAAAGGAUUACCCUGCAUAAAAAUCUAUUUUUCUCUUUUGUUUGCAACUCUGUUGUAACAAUAAUUUCACUGACUGCAGUUGCCAACAAUCAGGAGUUAGUUGCAACUAAUCCAGUUAGUUGCAAAGUGUCACAGUUCAUCUACCUGUACCUAAUGGGUUGCAACUACUUUUGGAUGCUGUGUGAAGGCAUUUACCUGCAUACUCUCAUUGUGGUGGCUGUUUUUGCUGAGAAACAACACUUGAUGUGGUAUUACCUUCUUGGCUGGGGUUUUCCACUGAUCCCUGCCUGCAUACAUGCCGUUGCUAGAAGUUUAUAUUAUAAUGACAAUUGUUGGAUCAGCUCUGAUACUCAUCUGCUGUACAUCAUCCAUGGACCUAUUUGUGCUGCUCUGCUGGUGAAUCUUUUCUUCCUGCUAAAUAUCGUUCGUGUUCUCAUAACCAAGCUGAAAGACACCCACAAGGCAGAAUCCAACCUGUACAUGAAAGCAGUGAGAGCUACCCUGAUUCUUGUUCCACUACUUGGCAUUGAAUUUGUGCUGUUUCCAUGGCGACCAGAAGGCCGGAUUGCUGAGGAAGUGUAUGACUACGUGAUGCACAUCCUUAUGCACUAUCAGGGUCUACUGGUGGCUACAAUUUUCUGCUUCUUUAAUGGAGAGGUCCAAGCUGUUUUGAGAAGACACUGGAAUCAGUACAAAAUUCAAUUUGAGCACAGCUUCAGCCACUCGGAUGCUAUGCGCACCGCUUCCUACACCGUAUCGUCAAUCAGUGAUGUUCAAGGCUACAGCUACAAUCACGACUGCACCAGUGAACAUUUAAAUGGGAAGGGCUACCAUGACAUGGAGAGUGUUGUUUUAAAAACUGAAAAGCUGUAUGGUUGACUGCCAAAGGUUCGGCAUAUGCCAGUGUGCUUACCCUCGUGAACUCCAAGUGUGAUUUAAUGGCUUCCUGGCCAGAAGAUUUUACCUAACUUGGGAUAUGUUAUUCUCCUGAAUGAUGCAAACUAAACCAAUGUGUUUUUUCUUAUGUAUGUAUAUAUAUGCAUAUAUACAUAUGUUUGUGGUUUUGUAUCUAUAUAGUAUGGACAUCUGUACAUAUAUAUAUAUAUAUGUAUGUGCAUUUAUAUAAGGAUACAAACUUUGCCUCUUCAGUUUCUACUGUGUAGACAAAGUUGGCAAUUUUUUGUACAACGGGAAUCAAUGGAGGAUUUCUUAUUUUCUUGGAAGUUUGUAUAAGACUGUGUUGUGUUGAAGCCACUUCAUUUGCCUAUAGAAUCUUGGAGUGUAAAUACCAUACUGUAUUGUCUUAAUUCAACCUAAAAUAGAACAAAGGAAAAUGGUUAAAGUAGGUGCAAUGAUAACUAUAGAUUGUCCAGGUUAAUUUUGUGUCCAGUAUUUGACUGUCAGAAAAGCCUAACAUGUAGUCUGAGAUAACAGACUCGAAGAUAUUGAUGGUUUGGUUUGGUUUGGUCAGGUUGUUUUUUCCACUAUUUUAAACCAAGCAUAGAGACACCAGUGCAAGUCUGAGACUCUACUUCUGUACUGCAAUGUAAUAUUUUACAGCAAGCUUUGAGCAAUUUUAUUUAAACUAUUUUUGCAUAUACAGGAGUGUCUCCUUCUCCUCAAGUUUAUGGAAGUUUCUUAUUGGCUUUAACACAGACAAGAUCAAUGAGGCCUUACUGCCAGAAAGAAAAGUAGUAACCUGUGUAACUGUAAAUCCUUCCAGACACUAACACAUAGUUGAAGCUGAUGGAACUUCACUGUGUGCUUAAGGAAUUUACUCAAGAUCAUGUACAGAAUUUGUUGUAGUCAUGUAGGUUUGUUUUAUUUUUAAGUAUUUCCCUGGCCAUAUGCUUGAUAAUUUAUUCUUUCAUUCUUGGGGCAAAGUUUUGAUUAAUUUUGUGGGGGUUUUUUUGUCUGAGAAAAGCAUGCAAGACUGAACGCAAUGCAAAUGACAUACUACAUUUAAAGCCAGUGUAUGACAUUCAGACUAACCAAGCAAAUUAGUAAAUGUCAGUAUUUGGAAAAAUCCACCAUAAAGUUUGUCUUAUAAAAGUUCAAAACAUUAUGGAUUGAGAAUUUUAAUAUUAUUUUGGAGUGCUUGACUCUGAAUCUCUAUCUAUCUAUCUAUCAUCUCAGUUACUUAGCUUAGAACAGUACUUCAGAAGUUGUUUCUUUGGUUCUACUGCUGAAUAAAGGUCUCACUGAAAAUAAGGAGGUUGUCAGGAAGGUCUUGAGAAAAUGUGUCUUUAUAGCAAUCUAUGUUUUCAUAAAUCUUUAUGCUUUACAGAAAGAGUAGUUUUCUUAAGUGAAAUGACAAAAAUGCUCAAGAAUAAGGGCAUGAUAUGAGUUUAGAAAAGUCUUACUAAAAAUCACAAAAGUAGAAAAAGUUUUUAUUUUGCAGAUAAGUCUACUUCAAGUGGGGAAAAAACAAAAUGAAGAAAAGUAGAUGCUGGAGUUGAUAGACUAUUAUGCUAAUUAAUGCACAUCUGAUGCAUAUAAGCUGGUGAAAAAAAAUGAAAGGCAGUUCUUUCUGAGGCCAUUUCAGUUUUAAAUACUUAAUUUUGUAUAUGAACAACUUGAUUUUAACAUUCAAACAUUUUUGGCAGUAGCCUUUCUGUAAGCUUCAUUAGCAUCUAGUUAAUUUGCUGUCACAGUGGUUAUUGGUUUGUGACUUCAUAAGGCUUUAAAUGCUUUCUAUUUAGAAGGAAAACAUUAGGAGGAUGCGGUAAGUUCACACCACUUUCUGUAGUUUUUUUACAGUUCUUGUGUCAGGAGUUUGAAUUUAGAAGGUGUUUUAUUAUCAAGAUUUCUGUUCUUCUGCAAGGCUGGUUGAUUGAUGGGAAUGAUUUGAAAAAUUGGUUGGAUUUUGCACUUUACUUUAGAAUAGUGUGAAAUCUGGCGAUCAGAUGUCACAACCUCUUAAAUUGUAAGAAUACAGUAGGGGUAUCUGCUACAACAUGAUUAGAGGUUACUUACAGCUCUGCUUGCUGAUCUGUGUAGUGUUACUUAAAAUCUGUGCAAUGUUCUGAAAAUAUUAGUGGUGCAGAAAAUCCCCGCUCUGCUAUAGCAGCUUUACACUUGGGGGACCAGAUCUUCAGCUGGUAUAAAUCUCUCUUGAGUUCCAUUUUCAGAAUCAAUGCGUACCAGCUGAGAAUCAAAGCCCAGGCAGAUAUCUGUCCAUUCAAAAGUGCUUUGAAAUCCUUUAUGGCAUAUUAUCAGACAAUUAUUUCAAUGGUACCUGGUAGGUUGUUGUAAUUAAAACCUAUGUGACAGUUUAGAGUGUGAUACAAUAUUAGAUUUUGAAUUAAGCUUCCUUCUCAGCUAGGCAGUUCAAAUUUUAUAGCCUAUAAAUUUUUAUCAUUUAAUGCAAAGUACUAGUUGCUAAUUGCUCCCUGUCCUCUGUUAGAGAAACUUUGUAAUGGUAAUUUAGAAGGGAAAAUUGGUUUUACACAGAAAUCAUCCUACUUCUAGGUGGACAAUCACAGCAUGCUUCUAGGCACACAUCUGUCUUCACUUUGGAAAAGAAACACACAUCCAGCUGGAUGUGCAAGAAAAUGUUUGCGGCUGUGGAGGGUUACACGGCAUAGGAGGGCUACAUUUCCCCCAUCCUCAGGAGGCUAGUUCCUAUUUUGCGUUGGAAAAUAUAAAUUCCCUGUUUUGUCUUCCUACCUCACCUUUUUCAGUUCCUACACAACCAAGAGAAGGGUCUGUUUCUUCAAAUGUUUUUCUGUCACAAUAAAUUAAAUUCAAAUCCUUAUGCUGAUUUCUCAUGGCUUAUUUUCUACUUUACAGAAUGUUGUAGUCCUUAUCUGUAUUCUCUGGGAUGGAAGUAAACUCUGUUUUGGUGGGGCUGUGAGAUUCCUUUGAACAUGCAAACAGUUACCUGUUGUUAUUUGCUCUUUAUUUUUUUGUUGUUGUUUAGUGAGGAUUUAUUGUAUCAAUCUACAGGGGCUACAGCAAUAGUUGUCUUAUAUUUGGUAUCUGUAAUACCAGCAUGUUAGCAUUCUAUGAGAGGGAAUGUCUAUUUUUCAUGCUACUGUCUUCAGUUAAUAAAAUGCUCCAUUGCAGGGUCCUCUCUGUUGUUAGUUUGUUUGUUUUAAUGUUAGCAUUUUUGCUGUGUGUUUUUUCCAUUGUGAUGAUCUACUACAGUAUUUGGCUGUAGAAAUGCUGCAACAUGUACUCCUUUUCAUGUCAUGAAAGUUUUGGGCUGGAAACCAGGCAACAUCAAGUAUUGUACUAUGUAAAUAAGAUAAAUAGAAGCUAUAGCAUUGUAUUUAUUGCUUACACUAAAAAUGAAAGGGAAAAAAUGUGAAAUUUUUCGGUUGUGCUUUAUUUUCACUUUGUUCAUAUGAAUCAUCAUGCAUUUUAAUUGCUGAAAGAACUAUUAUGUUUGUGAUCAAUAAAAUAUUACUACAUUUA